CAUGCGAUGCCGUGUGAGUGCGAACUACAAAAUACAAGAUUAUGUAAAUUUAAAGUACAUCUGAGAUGGGUGAAAGUCCAACGUCUUGUGAAAUCUGUCAUGUUAACUUUGACAGCAGAGAGGAUUUUCAAGAGCACACUUGGUCUUUUCUGCACCACAUCAAGAUAGAGAAGAAAAACAAGGGUUUGAAACACCGCUGCACUCUGUGUAAGAAUGUCUCUAGCACACUGAAGGAUUAUAACAGCCACCUUGAGGAAGCACGGCACGGUAAGGCCUUGCUACAGUUGCGCAAAGCACAAGGACGAGAGCCGGCCAAGGUUGAUCCGAAAAAAAUCAGGAAUACGAGUGCCGUGUCACAUGAAGGGCUGCCUCAAAGCGUCAACAACAGAGAGGAACCCGUGGCUGAGAAAAGACAGCCGUGGCACAACGGCUGGUCAGACUUUCCGAAAUAUCCCACGAGGCUGAACGAACCACCUCCAAGUUUAUUCAACUUAAGAUUUGAUCAUUAUAGCAGAGGAGGUCCACGUGAUGAUGAAUUAAGACUAGGUAGAACACCACCAACACAGCAGAUUUAUUGGAACGACGGUGCCAUGCACCAGAACUCCAGAAAUCCGGGCAGGGAGUGGAUGAAAAGGAACAGUGCAGACAGAGGUCGUGGCUGGGGUAACGCUGCGUCUAAACACAGCCUGUCGUGGUGGAACCAGAACACUGGACACGGUGCUCCUGGUUGUGGCGGCGGCGGCAGUGGUAAUACCUACUGGCAACGUUGGUCGAACCCCCAAGACUAUCAUCACCAGCAAAACGACGCAGCCUACGAGAGGAGACGCGGAGACGAGGGAUGGCAGCAGCCUCAUUACGACAGCAGAGGCACCACGGCUCCGCGCGACCCAUUCUACCAAGACAGGUCAUACGCGCCGCUUUUCACCGACUUCGGGCCGCGAUCGCAGGCCGCUGCAACACGAAAUAUCGAGCGCGAGUCUAUCAGAAAGCCACCACUACUCGCUACACCGGUGCGAAGCGAACCCGCGGGUGUUAAUUCCCACUCACGCGAUAACGGAUCGCAGUUUUUGGCAGACAGCAGGCAAGAGAGACUCGGCAUUUCGAACGAACGAGCGGAGAAGGUUUGCGCGAGUGGUGCAUGUGAGACGUCGGGCGGGGGUCGGCGGCCGGUGGGGGCGGCAGACAGCAGGCAAGAGAGACUCGCCGUUUCGAACGAACGGACGGAGAAAGUUCGCGCAAGUGGAGGUCGACAGAAUGCGGGGUCGGCAGGGGAGGAGCACAGCAGUGUGGUGUCAAGCACCAACGAUUUGUUCUUCAUAGACACGAAGGGAGAUCCGACGAUGCGCAGCGCGCGUCCUGAGGAGAAACAACGCGAAGAGAAGCUGACGAAAAGUAGCAGAGCGCAGCCGAAACAACAGUCGAAGAAAACCCGCGCCUCUCCCACCUUGAAACAGGAGAAAUGUAAGAGAACGAACGCGGAGGUCAAAGGCGGGGCGCGCACGGCAGUACGUCCCACGAAAGUUCCCCGCUCUGCGAGUCGCCAGAAAGGGAGUAGCUCUGAGGGAAGCGGAGUGACGGAUGUUGCCUUGCAGCGCAGAGGGAAAGAGUUAAGAAAGGGCAGCAACGGGAAGAGCGGGGAGGCUGCCGUAGCGUGCAAACCGGGGAAGAUCGCAGAAUGCGCGACGACGGCAGGCGAAGUGGGAAAGCCCACGAAUGAGGUCACGCAGCCCGAGAAACGGAUGCAGGAGAUCGGUAAAGACACGAGAAGAACAGAGGGUUUCGUAGCGACCACGGUAGUGAAACGUGAGAUGGAGGAGCAGCACGGGAGGAGGGACACGGAGGAGAGCAGUGGAAGAGAAGAAGAAGACGAGUGCAGGAAGAAGGAGGUUGCAGAGAGAAGAGCAGUGGUGAGAGCUGUGAAGAAACCGGUAACGAAAGCUGAGCUGAUGAAGAUGGUCACGAUGCCUCGAUCACGGAUGCAACGCAUGCAGCUCACACACUUCGUCAAGUGCUACACAGCCAGCAAGAAAAUGUCACUACCACGUUUCAACAUCAAUAUGGGCACGUCGGAAAUGGUCCUCGAUUCGGCUGGGCAGCGGUGUUCGGCGAAGAAAGAAGCCAUGGUAUCCGAGGAGAUGUUAGAACUGCCUGCAGAGUUUGCUGAUUUAGCGGAUCUAGAGUUGCCAGACAGCAUCUGGAGCGAAAUACAGGACAUACUGCAGCAGGAAUCGUCCGGGUUUACGGAAGAAUCUUCGUCUGACAGUAACAUGCCCGCGCACAAUUCUGAACAGGUGGCACUGGCGAGGGCUCGUGCACCGGCUGCGGCCGUCGCCGCUGUGGGUGUCUCGGUGAAGAUGGAGGAUCCUGGGGAGGAUAACGAUUACUCCAUGCUGGAUGAGUAUCUGAUGAUGGAAGCUGAGUCCGGGGGCCACGGCGACAGUGGAGGAGGCACACCGCUACACGCUCUCCCCAUCACAGGGAAGAUGGCCGACGCUCCAUCGGCUACAAAUCAGCACGGUACGAUCAGCGAGGGAAACAAGCGCGCAUCCAAGGGUCCGCCGCCUGCCGUCUGUUCCUCGACCAGCAUCGACGCGGAGGGGAAGACCGGGCUUCCUGUCGUCGCGGUGAUGGAGGGGCCGCCAGGGGACGCCGGCUUGGAUGGCAGCGACAAGAUGGAGGCGGCACUGAGCAUUGAGGCUCUCCUCUCAGCGGAACUCACGGAGUUUUCGGGCGGCGUCGAUGUCUGGGACGCAUCGACAAAGCCGGCGAGUCAGCCGCCCGCGGAUCGAAAAGCGAAUCUGAAGGUGGAUCCUGAUUCGGCGGAAAGUCGGAUGGUGCCGCCUCGCAACAGCAGCGCCCCCUGCCCGGGCUCGCGCGAUUUCAACACGGUCAUCGCGUGCAUAAAGCGUGAGCUGAAGGAGGAUGCCUGCGAGAGUGAGGCGGGGGUCUCUCUCAUGGAGGAAGAGGACAUCACGACGACGUCUGGCCGGCGGGAGAGAGCCCCGGAUGCGCGGGAAGCGUCCGGUGCUAUCCGCGUGCGAAGCAGCGUCAAUGCAACUCUUCCUGCAGGCGCAGUAGAUCAGACAUCUUCUGCAGGAGACCAGAGUACACCGAACAGCGAAACUGCUGGGACGACUUCGCCAUUCGUAGACAACACGUGUGAUUCCCACAGUAGAGGUGCGUCCGUAUACCAUACUAGCGCAUAUACAUCACAGCAUGCGGCUGGCUCCACUACACACGGAACCCCCAACAGCACUGCGGUGGGGUCGCAAGGUGGUGCCGAUACAUCGCGUGACGCACGCACACGCGAUCUACCGACGCCGCCGACGCCACGUACGGUCGACUCGCCGGUUUCCGCCACUGGGGGCGCCAGCGUUGCUCGUCGCGCGGGAAGCGUCGAUGGGCGGGCAUUGCUCUCUGACGAACAAGCGAACGCUCGCAGCAUUCUCGCGUCUCCGCCGCUGAGCGAGGGGCAGGCGAGUCACGGUGACCGGCUGCUGAUGAUAUCCGUGGAGGAGGAGGAGGCGAAGGAGGAGAGGAGGGCAGCGGAGAUGCACCACACUUACCUUAACGCCGUGCUGAAACAAACGGAGGAAGCAAUCCGAGAAAACAAGGCCAAGAUGGAUUCGUUGAUACAACGAGAGAGUGAGCUGCAUCAGGAAAGAAAGCAAAUCGUGCAAGGUGCGAGAGCAGGCAGGCGGACACGCGUCGUCACCCCUAGCAACGUCAGCUCCUCUCCCGCGACAACCUCCAAACCCGAGGAGAUGAAGCAGGAGAAUCCACUCACCGCCAGCUCCUCCCCUUCGCCAUCGCCCGCUGCGCCCCCCAGCACGGACGCGGCGGCGGGCGACCCCGCAGCGGCGGAACAAGUGAACAUCGCGUACCUGGGUCCGCUGAGCGCGUCACUGCUCCUGCAGCUUCAGGCGGAGCUUGCGAUGACGGGGAACAGUAGCGAGAUGGCGUUCGCAGAGUACGCAAACCUCGGUGUCGUCUCACAGCUGUCCGCCGCCGUUCAAGAGGCGCCGCCUGGUAUGAACGCCAUAAUGGCAGUGCCCCCUGGUGGGAACUUCGUAGAGGAAGCGCGCGAGGCGCAGGCGGGUACCAGCGGGAAGGCUAGGUCAGGUAAACGGAGGAAACGAACGAGAACGGGCUCUGAGGAGGAGGAGGAGGAGCCAGUGAGGGGGAAACGCGAGAAGAAAUCGAAGAAGCUCGCACAGGCUUCUCUAAAACAGGGGAAGAAGAUGAAGGGAAAAAAGAAAAAGUUAGUAAAGCCGAGCAAGAAGCAAUGUAAGCAGAAGUCAUUGAUACCAGCAGAGAAACAAGUGAGCAAUAUGCCCGCUGAUACCAGUGCUCAUUCAGCAGAACCCAUAAAAAGCGAUAGCAGGGCAACCGAUGAGGGUUGCGGUGUCGAUCUGGAAUGUCUCCGCUCGUACCUGUGUGGAGGGGUUCCAAUUAAGUAUUGUGGUCAUACAGGAGCUGUGAUGGAUCUUCAGAUCUAUGAAGAUGCUGAGCUGAUGAAAGCAUUUCUCAUCACUUGUUCCGGAGACCGCACUGCCCUGCGAUUUGACCUAGUGAGUGGUCAGUGUUUGAACAUCUACGGGGAACAUAGCAAGGCCGUCACUUCCAUAUACCUCGCGUGCGCACAGAAGACAACGAAGAUGAGGCUUUACACGGGCUGCCUGGACGAGACACUCCGAUGCUUCGAUGUCGAGAGUGGGAAGCUGAUGAAGCAGCUUCGCGUGGGAGAGAGGAUUCACGCGAUGUGUGGCAAUAGCUUUCUGGGAAAUAUCUACCUGGGACUUGCAAACGGUCACGUACUGCACGUGAAAAUGAAGACGGGCAAGGUGGUUGACGAUUGGCCGUGCUCCACGCGCGUCAUAUGUUGCCUAGCAACGGCUCGGGAGGGCUCGCGUCACCUCGUUGUCAUCGCAUCCUUCGACAAGUCGAUCACUCUGCGCGACGCGACGACGGGGCUCUUCCUGCGCAUGCUCAACGGACACAAGAACAUCCCUAUAUCGCUCGUGGUUGCAAGCCAGAAGGUGCUCAGUACAGCUGGAGAUGGGAGAGUGCUAGUUCACGACCUCUACACUGGUGACCUUGAGAAAGUCUUGAAGAACAAGAUUGGUUCUGCAAGGCGGGUGAAAGAAAAGAACGGCCAUCUGUGGUCAUGUGACCAGGAUGGGCUCGUUUCCUGCCACGAUAUCAGUACGGGAGAACUGUUGAAGGUGUACAGAGGAGCGGACAAUGAUGUUCUGAUGUCUCUGUGCGUCUACUCUGAUCUGCUGAUCACGGGGAAUCGCCGGGGAGGUGUCGAGGCCAUGCUGCUGCAAAACUCCCAGCCGUAUGUCUGCCAGAUCGAGGGAUGCGGACUACCAUUCGCGUACCCAGAGCACCUGAUUCUACACAUGGCUUCACACGGCGAACAGUCGAGCGGCUCGUCAGCGCGGAUCGUGGAGAGUCAGCAGCAGCCGAGCAGCACCGUGGCAACGGAGCAAGGCGGCGCUGUGAGCGUGGAACCCACCAGCACGUCCUGACUCUGUGUAGAGGAAGCUCAGUGCCUACAUGCGGGUACAUGCGCUGAUACUUGGCAUUGGCGUGCUGCCUUAGUUGCUAGCGUAGGAGGUGCUGCCAUCUUUUGUCAACGAAAAUUUGCAUUAUCGUGGUGCAUUUGGUUGGAUAUGCAGCUACCGAGUUUACAUUGGGAAAUCAGAGAGUGAGGGACAGAAAAAGAUGGAGUGAGAAAAAAAGACAGAAGGGAGGGAGGGAGGGAAGGAAGGACGAGAGGGGGAGGGAAGUAGGAAGAGAAGGAGAGAUAGAUGGUUUAUUCACAGACACGUGACAAACACAGCUGGUCAACUAAUAACAUUGAAUUUCUCAUAUGCCUAAGGGUAGCGUGAAACAAUUUUGUUGAGUCGUUUUCAGCCCCACUCAAUCAUCAAUAAGAUUGCCUUGUUUAUGUUCAAAAGUGCAUCUAGAUGAUUCAAUCAAAGUGUGGUGUUGCCAUUUCAGAUUAUUUACAAUUAAAGGAAUAAUAGGUUCAUUGAUUAUGAAAUGUUGACGAAUGCUAGAGUAACUGGCACCUUG